GCUGCUUCGCUCUCUCUCUCCCUCUCUGUGUCAGUGUCUCUCUCCCCUCGCGUCUCUUAUAAAGCUUCACGUGAAGUCAAACUGCUCCACACGACUCAACCACGAGUCCCUCGACCCUCAGAGACAUCGGGUCCUUUGUGCUCCUUAAGCGGGGAAUCGUAGGCUCGGGUAUCGAACCGGCGAGCAGCGGGUGUCACUGUACAAGCGGUGAUUGAGAUGGUUGCCAUGGUGACAACGGUGACGGCGGUGGUCAGUUUGACCCUGUGGUUGAUCACGUCUCAGGUCCGAGGCGCCUACAUCCCCUCAGACAUGAACGAGACCAUCCAGCACCUCCUGGGUUACUAUAAGAUUUCAAAGAAAGACAUUUUUAACGGGAAGCCCGUCUUCUCCAAAGAUGCAGUGGCCGGUGAAAUGGGGGCAAAACGGGUGUUUAUGGGCGGCGUUUUGGAGACAUACGAAGAGCUGCUGGGCCAGAUGCUGAAGCAGCUUCCCCCCCCGACCCCCCGGGCAGCCGAGAGCAACGAGCGUCCUGCCGCCGCCGACCCCGGAGACGACGCCAGGGCGGAGCUCACCUACAUCCUGGACAAGGUCCAGAAGCUGAGAAAGCACCGCUACCGGGAGCAGGAGAAGUUUCUGCUGCGACUGAGCGCCCUCAAACACAUCCAGAAGGAUGACCUUCUUGUCCAGAGCAAAGCAUUGUGGGAGCUGCCGUGGCUGUACGAGGAGGCGAGCUCAUUGGGCGAGAGGAGGAGGAGGCGCCGGCAGACAAAGAGAAGCAGACGUCCAUCAGGACGUUAAGUGAUGGAUCAAAAACGGAUGAAAUAAGAUGAGGAACAUUAAGAAAACAGAAAAUAUAUUAAAUUUGAACCGGCGUCCAGUUUUAAAUGUUUUUCUGUAUUAACGUUUCAAAAGAUAUUAUUUAUCAGUAGAUAUAUAUAUAUAUUUAUUACAGUGACAAUAAGCCUAAAACAUGUUGUUGUCGUUUUAUACUUGAAAGAAGCGUAGCGGUUUAAUCCUGUGAAAUAUUCAUGGAACCUAAUUAUUUGUUUUCAACUUAAUCAAUAACCAAAUCAAUCAACUAUCAGGAAGUACUUUCUACUCAUUUUUUACACAAACUGAAGAUUCAAUGCUUUUAAUGAACUUCAAAGAGAAUCUUGAUUUAUUUAUUUGUUGGUGGUAGAAAGUACGCAAGUUAAAUACUAAGUACUACGAGUGAAUAUACAGGUGAAGUACUGAACUGUGCAGAUACUACUACACUCUUCAGGGAUAUUUGUAUUUUACUGACAGGUUUUCUAUAUUUAUUGUGUAUUUAAUGUAUCUAUUUAAUAAUCACACUGCUGUAGUGUUGAUUAUUUAUUGAUUUUAUUUAUUGAUUGGCUCAUGAAGACGAAAUCACACCGAAUAAAACUAAAUGAACU